AUGCAUUGGCUGGCAUGGAGGAAACUAUGGCGGCACAAAAAUUAUGGGGGAUUGGGCUUCAGGGUCUUAGAGGAUUUCAACACGGCGUUACUAGCAAAACAACUAUGGCGGUUAAUGGACUGCCCGGACUCGUUGUUUGCACGGGUGUUUAAAGGACGUUACUAUCGGAAUUCAGCUCCUUUGGACCCCAUUAGAUCAUAUUCCCCAUCUUACGGAUGGCAGAGUAUAAUAUCGGCUCGACCUCUGGUUCAAAAAGGACUUAUUAAAAUAGUUGGUUCAGGAUCAUCUAUUUCUGUUUGGGAUGAUCCAUGGAUUCCUGCUUCUAGCCCGAGGCCAGCCACAUGA